GCCAUUGUGGUCACGUGAUAACAACACUGUAGUCAAUGUAAACAGUCAGCAAACUAUUCUCUGCAUUGAUAGCUAGCUUACUGUAUUACCGCAUUAUUACACGCCUUAACACGAUGUUUUAGAUAUACCAGAAGUUCGUAGAUGUUCUUACUUACGUUUGCAUUUGGUUGAAGAAGCCAGCUUUAUCAACAAGAGAGCUUAGCUAGCUAACGUUAACCAUUCUUCUGUAACUUACCAUGGACCAAUAUAGUAUUUUGGGUAGAAUAGGAGAAGGAGCCCAUGGCAUUGUUUUCAAAGCAAAACAUAUCGAGACUGGAGAGACUGUGGCUCUGAAGAAAGUCGCUCUGAGAAAGUUGGAGGACGGGAUCCCCAACCAAGCCCUCAGGGAGAUCAAGGCUUUACAGAAGAUUGAAGACAACCAACACGUGGUGAAACUAAAGGACGUGUUUCCCCAUGGUACAGGGUUCGUCUUGGUGUUUGAGUACAUGCUCUCUGACCUGUCUGAGGUCAUCAGGAACUCUCAGAGGCCUCUCACCGAGUCACAUGUCAAAGGUUACAUGAUGAUGCUACUCAAAGGGGUUGCCUUCUGCCACGAGAACUCCAUCAUGCACAGAGAUCUGAAACCAGCCAACCUGCUCAUCAGCUCUACAGGUCAUCUGAAGAUAGCAGACUUUGGCCUGGCCAGACUUUUCAACAACGACGGAGAGCACCUCUACAGCCAUCAGGUGGCCACCAGGUGGUAUCGAGCACCAGAACUGCUUUAUGGGGCAAGAAAAUACGACGAAGGUGUCGAUCUCUGGGCAGUGGGAUGUAUCUUCGGGGAACUUCUGAAUAACUCCCCUCUGUUCCCUGGAGAGAAUGACAUAGAACAGCUGUGCUGUGUUCUCCGGGUCCUGGGGACCCCCAACCAGCACAUUUGGCCGGAGAUCACAGAGCUGCCUGACUACAAUAAGAUCACUUUUAAGGAGAACCCUGCCAUCCCUCUUGAGGAGAUAGUUCCUGAUACCUCACCUCAGGCUGUGGAUCUGCUCAACAAGUUCCUGGUCUACCCCUCUAAACAGAGGAUCAGCGCCAGACAGGCCCUGCUCCAUCCCUAUUUGUUCUCUGAGCCGCUGCCGGCCCACCACUCGGAGCUGCCUAUCCCCCAGCACGGAGGGAAACAUUCCCGUCAGCGACUCCAGCCUCCUGUAGAAUUCUCUGUAGAUCUGCCCCUCUCAGAGAGCCUGGUGGACCCUGCUUUGGUCCAGGGACAUGCCUGGUGUCUAUGAUUGACUGGCCCCCAAUGCUUUUCAUAGCCUGGUUGAGAGUAGCACUUAUCCUGGUUUAAUCAGGUUUUAUGUUUGACUGUCAGAGCCUGGUGGACCCUGCACUACUGGUACAAUGUGUGUAUGACUGUCAGAGCCUGGUGGACCCUGCACUACUGGUACAAUGUGUGUAUGACUGUCAGAGCCUGGUGGACCCUGCACUACUGGUACAAUGUGUGUAUGACUGUCAGAGCCUGGUGGACCCUGCACUACUGGUACAAUGUGUGUAUGACUGUCAGAGCCUGGUGGACCCUGCACUACUGGUACAAUGUGUGUAUGACUGUUCUUCAUGUUCAUCCCAGGCUGCUUAAACCAGGGGUGUAUUCACUAGAAAACCAAAUGGAACCAAACGGGACCAAACGGAAUUUGUCCAAUAGAAAACCCUUGUUCUCGUAGCAAAUCGUUUUCCAUUGCAAAACUAUUUUGCAACGGUGUGUGACUAAUGAAUACAUCCCAGAAUGUAGCCUGGUGGAUCCUGCUCUGGUCCAAGGACACGCCUGGUGUCUAUGACCUACUGUUCUUCCUUGUAUUUGUCAUCCAUCCUAGCCUGAGUCCAGAUCUGUUUGUGCUGUCUUGCCGUCUCCAUUUGCUGUCAUUGUCAUGGAAGUUGGGAGUUGGCAAGACACCACAAACAGAUCAGGAACUCAGGCUAUGUUAAUUCCACCAUAGAAUAUUUAUAUUGGUAUGUACAUAAUGCUGUGAUGUGAAAGCCAUGUCAUUUUCUUAAUUCGUGUGUUUGUUGUUCUGCAGGUGUGUGUGUGUGUGUGUGUGUGUGUGUGUGUGUGUGUGUGUGUGUGUGUGUGUGUGUGUGUGUGUGUGUGUGUGUGUGUGUGUGUGUGUGUGUGUGUGUGUGUGUGUGUGUGUGUGUGUGUGUGUGUGUGUGUGUGUGUGACAGUAUGAAUAGCCUUGCUGACUCAUGAUGCUCAUUGUCGUAGCGUUGACUAUCAUUAAAUGUGAAGACUGUAUAUUAUCACAUCAAUUCUCUGUGU